GCUCAACCAUUGGAGCUUCAAGCUCCCAUUACGGGCACUACCCUAGCAGCCCAGCACCACCCACUGCCAUGUGGUACGUAAUGUAUUUUUAACAUGUGCAAAAGGUACAGCUGUACAUCUUCGACAUCGUGAUGAACACGCGACCAUUUCAACGUCAACGUCAACGUCAACGUCAAUAUUAUAUGUCCUGAAUUUGACUUUUCUCAAACAACCCCCAUUGGCACACUUCAUCAUGGUGCAAACCCGCAGGGGAAAAAAGGCGGCGAGCGAGAUCAAACUGGCAUAUCCCGACCUUUCCGGUCCCAGCGAAAAAACAUUGCUGCAGUUUGCUCAAGAACGAAAUCUCUUCAAAGAAGCCGAAAGGAAAGAAAAGAGGAACAAAAGAAGAGAGAAUCUAAGUGAAGAUGAUGAUAGUGGCGAUGAGGAUGGUGACGAUGAGGAUGAGGGUGAGGAGGAAGAGCUCCUAUCCCCGACCGCUGAUAAAAUCUUGGAUGCCAUUCUCUGGAGCGUCAGUUUGGCCAUGUUGCAUUUCACGCUAGAUGUGCUCGUCCAGCACCAAUAUGCCAUGUACAUCAUAUGGCCCCAGAUUAUAACAAGGGCAAUGCAAGCUUUUGCCGUCUUCCUUUUGCUUGUAUAUGUGCUGCAUCCACACGCCUCAUCCCCAGCCUUUGUGCCUGGGCUGCCCCUUAGAUUCCAGGCUCCCCUUCGGCAAGCUAUUUUCUUUACCGCCAGCAUUGUUGCGGGCUGCUAUUUGAUUCACAUAUCAAAUAAAUAUGGCUAUAUUGCUGUUAUGAAGCGGUCACCUCCCUUGGGCUGCAUUUGGGUCUGGUCUGUGAUUGAGCUGAAUCUAACACUUUCCGUGCUAUCUUUGGCUUGUGCCCUUGGCUUCUUCGUCCAGGGCGGCUACACAAUCAGAGCGCCGUACUAGUAGAGCAAGAAGACCUUCUAAUAGAGAUGUUACAUUAUCGAGGUGUCUCAGUGCUAUCGACCCCUUUUUGAUCUUAAUUGCAUCUAGAUCACCAGUUAUCAAUAUGUACGACUAGUUGUUUGGUCCGUGUUCUGUCUCUACUCCUAAUGAUAUCUAUAAACUUGGGGAUGAG